CGCGCAGCAUAGAACCGGAUGUGUACGUUUGUCCAUCAUACGUAAUAGAGUGCUGCGAUUUCUUACUUUUUUUGCUUCUCGAAAGAAUUACACAGCGUUGAUUUUCAUGAUAUUCAGAGAAACAUCACGUCGGAGAUCUUCCUCGUGUCGAGUUGAAUAGUUGAUUCGCCGGGGUGGGGGCGAUUCGACGCCGACUGCCGAGUGGGUUCGUUUGUCCUCGACGCGACCGAUGUGGAGACUCCACGCGAGUCUUCUCGACAAAUCAUUCGAAGAUGCAAGCACAGGAGGCCGAAGGUGCGGAUGGAUCCCCAUGGAAUAAUUCGAGUGGCUGCGAUGAGGAACGUAGGCCAGCUCCAAAGGAGGGUAAAAAGUCAAAUGUGUUGCCGCUAUGGGGCAACGAGAGGACUAUGAAUUUGAAUCCUUUGAUUCUCACCAACAUACAGUCGUCACAUUAUUUCAAGGUGAAUCUGUACGAACUCAAGACUUAUCAUGAGGUGAUUGAUGAGAUCUAUUAUAAGGUCUCUCACUUAGAACCGUGGGAAAAAGGCAGCAGAAAGACUGCAGGUCAAACCGGCAUGUGUGGAGGCCGGUUCAUGCAGGUACGAGGCGUGGGAGCUGGCGGAAUUGUUUCUACGGCAUAUUGUCUACUGUACAAACUCUUCACGCUGAGGUUAACCAGGAAGCAGCUGAAUGGACUUAUUAAUCAUCCAGACUCACCCUACAUACGCGCUCUAGGAUUUAUGUAUAUUAGUACGGUUGCGAUUAGAUACACACAGCCACCGGCAGACUUGUUCAGCUGGUACAACGAUUAUCUGGAGGACGAAGAGGAACUAGAUGUAAAGGCGGGUGGCGGGCAAGUGAUGAAAAUGGGCGACAUUCUCAAACAAUUCCUUACCAAACUCGAAUGGUUUUCCACGUUAUUUCCACGGAUACCGGUACCGAUCCAAAAGGAUUUGGAGCUGCGUCUGGCCGAGCGUUUUCCGCAACAGCAGGUGAAUGCACGAAAUGCUAAGCCGCCAAUCACUCUCAACAGCCACGGCAAAUAUGGCAAUAAAGAUGGUCGUAAGGACAACGGUAACCUGACAUCGCGUAAUCAGCAACCCCGACACAUCCCCGAUAACGAGGCUCAAUGGGGUGAGGCGGAGCGUAUGAGCCAGUGGCGUGCCAGAACCGAUGAGGAUCGUAAGGACAAGAACAGAGAGCGUGAUCGGGAUCGCGAGAGAUUGCGGGAGCGUGAUAGGGAAAGAGCUCGCGAACGAGAUCGUGAAAGAGACAGGCAUAGCAAAAGAUCGAGCAGUCGUGACAAAAAUAAAAGACAGAGAGAUCAUAGAAGCCGCAGCAGAGACAGAUCAUAUAGAGAUCGAAGCAGGGAUCGCCAUCGCGACAGAGACCGUCAUCGAGAUAGAAGAGGUUCACCGUACGACUAUGCUGCAGAAUUGGCACGCGAGCGCGAGAGGCAACGAAGGGAGAGAGAAUGAGAAACGAUUACACAUUGUGUACAUAUUUAAUUAUUUCUACAAAACUAUGUAACGAACAUUUAAAAGGAAAAAUGCGAUAGUAGCUACCGAGCCAAGUCAGCGUCACUAUCACUACAAUCACUAUCUUUAUCAUCAGCACGUAUACUACGUGCGUUCACAGGGAAAUGUUUUCUUCGAGGCGGAAUAUAAGUCUAAUACAACUCUAUAUUCAAAUGUAGUUUACAUGUUUUUAUAAAAUAAAUUCGUCAUUGUCA